GCGCAACCGCCUCCCGCGGCGCGCCGGGCUCGUCCCCAGCGCGCGCACACAGAGGCGCGCACACACACAGGCGCGCACACACACAUACACACAGGCACACACACACGCACACACACACACACGUGCGCUCCUCCGCUCCCGAGCUGCUGCUCCUGCUCUCAGCGCCGCAGUGGAAGGCCGGGCCGAAGCGCUCCUUCUCUAAACACAUAAAACAGCCCCGGCCAGCACCAGCGGCCCCGUCCCAGCCCGGCCGGCGCCCUCCCGUCGGUUCGCCCGCUGCCAGCCCCGGGACCUUUUCAUCUCUUCCCUUUUGGCCGGAGGAGCCGAGUUCAGAUCCACCACUGCGCACCGAGACUGACACACUGAACUCCGUUUCCUCCGCUGCAAUUUAGUCCUGCUUCAUAGCCCCGUCUCUUUUUUCCUCCCAUCUUGUCGCUCAGAGAAAACUUUUUCUUACGCCCAAAAGUCAGAGUGUCCCCCUGCCCAUCCUGUAUUAAUAUUUCCACUUUGGGGACUAUUUGCAUUUUCUUUUUUUUAAGGAAUUCAAGAGAUUUUUUUUCUAUUGAGAAUCGACUCUCGGUUGAUUGCAAAAAGUUUCUCAUUAAAAAAAAAAACAAAAAAACUCUACCUGAUCCAUACUUUGAGAAUUAUUGAUUUUUUCCUCCUUUUGAAUUUUUUUUCUUUUUUAAACUUUUUCCACCGUAAAAAAGAAAAAUGCACUACUGUGUGCUGAGCGCUUUCCUGGUGCUGCAUCUGGUCACGGUGGCGCUGAGCCUGUCUACCUGUAGCACGCUCGAUAUGGACCAGUUCAUGCGCAAGAGGAUCGAGGCCAUCCGCGGGCAAAUCCUCAGCAAGCUGAAGCUCACCAGCCCCCCAGAAGACUACCCUGAGCCCGACGAGGUCCCGCCGGAGGUGAUUUCCAUCUACAACAGCACCAGGGACUUGCUCCAGGAGAAGGCGAGCCGGCGAGCUGCCGCCUGCGAGCGCGAGAGGAGCGACGAGGAGUACUACGCCAAGGAGGUUUACAAGAUCGACAUGCCGCCCUUCUUCCCCUCCGAAACUGUCUGCCCAGUUGUUACAACACCCUCUGGCUCAGUGGGCAGCUUGUGUUCCAGACAGUCCCAGGUGCUCUGUGGGUACCUUGACGCCAUCCCGCCCACUUUCUACAGACCCUACUUCCGAAUUGUCCGGUUCGAUGUCUCAGCGAUGGAGAAGAAUGCUUCCAAUUUGGUGAAAGCAGAGUUCAGAGUCUUUCGUUUGCAGAACCCAAAAGCCAGAGUGCCUGAGCAACGGAUAGAACUGUAUCAGAUUCUGAAAUCCAAAGAUUUAACCUCCCCAACCCAGCGCUACAUCGACAGCAAAGUCGUGAAAACAAGGGCUGAAGGCGAAUGGCUGUCCUUUGAUGUAACUGACGCUGUUCAUGAAUGGCUUCACCACAAAGACAGGAACCUGGGAUUUAAAAUCAGUUUGCACUGUCCCUGCUGCACCUUUGUGCCAUCCAACAAUUACAUCAUCCCAAAUAAAAGCGAAGAACUAGAAGCAAGAUUUGCAGGUAUUGAUGGCACCUCCACAUAUACCAGUGGUGAUCAGAAAACUAUAAAGUCCACUAGGAAAAAAAACAGUGGGAAGACCCCACAUCUCCUGCUAAUGUUGUUGCCCUCCUACAGACUUGAGUCGCAACAGCCCAACCGGCGGAAGAAGCGCGCCCUGGAUGCCGCCUAUUGCUUUAGAAAUGUGCAGGAUAAUUGCUGCCUACGUCCACUUUACAUUGAUUUCAAGAGGGAUCUUGGGUGGAAGUGGAUACAUGAACCUAAAGGGUACAAUGCUAACUUCUGUGCUGGAGCAUGCCCAUAUUUGUGGAGCUCGGACACUCAGCACAGUAGGGUCCUCAGCUUAUAUAAUACCAUAAACCCAGAAGCCUCUGCUUCUCCUUGCUGCGUGUCCCAGGAUUUAGAACCGCUAACCAUUCUCUACUACAUCGGCAAAACACCCAAGAUUGAGCAGCUUUCUAAUAUGAUCGUGAAGUCUUGUAAAUGCAGCUAAAAUUCUUGGAAGAGUGGUGAGGCAGUAAUCACAACGAUGCUGACGAUGACAAUGACGAUGCUGUAACCAGAAAACAUAAGGAAGCCUCGAUUCAUCAGUGUUUAAAAAAAAAAAAAAAAAAAUUGAAAAAGCGGUACUAGUUCAAACAUUUUGGAAGUUUGUGUUUUGUGAAAACUGGCAUCUGAAAAAGCACCAACAAAAAAGCCGAAGGCCUUAUUCUACACUUCACCUACUCUGUAAGUGAGAGAGACAAGGAGCAAAACCUUUUUUUUUUUUUAAGAAAAAAAUAAACACUGGAAGAAUUUGUUAGUGUUAAUUAUGUGAAAGAAAAAAAAAAAAAAAACAGGCAAACCCCGUUAAGUGGAGUUGCUGUGCAUCCCGGCCCUGUCCCAUGCCUCACUUGAUUUUUCUGUAUUGCUAUGCAAUAGGCACCCCUCCCAUUCCUACUCUUAGACUUAACAGUGAAUUAUUUAUUGUGUGUUACUAUCUAGUGAACGUUUCAUUACCCUUGGGAAAAAAAACAGGUGUCUAAAGUGGAGACCAAAUACUUUGCCAGAAACUCAUGGAUGGCUUAAGGAACUUGAACUCAAACGAGCCAGAAAAAAAGAGAGGUCAUGUGAAUGGGAUGAAAACCCAAGCGAGUUGUUAUGACGUGACCCAGCGAGUCUGCGUUAAGAUAAAGACCCUGAGAACGCAUGCUAUGUACCAACUGCCUGAGGAGGCUUCUUGUAAGGUUCAGAAACUGAGAAGUCUGUUAAUAAAGGCAACUUUCAGUCAGAAUAAGUCUGUAAGAUUUUUUUCUUUUCUUUUUCAUUGUAAAUGGUUCUUGUUCAGCUUAGUAAACCAGUGAAAUGUUGAAAUGUUUUGACAUGUACUGGUCAAACUGUGGACCUGAGGGUAUUGCUGUAGAGCUGUGCUCUAGGGUUCCCCCCGCCCCUUCACUUCGGUCUAUGUAACCAUGCCUAUAUCAUUACAAUAGAUGGGUAUAGAAGCCAGCCUGAUGGAAACACGUCUGCAGAUCUCUUUUGCAAACUAUUAAAACAUGAACUACUUUAUGUGUAAGGCAUAAAUUUUCACCAUAUUUUUAAUGUUCUGUAAUGAUGUCAGCUAUUAUUAGAGUGUACUUCAGUUUGGGCUCUUUUUAAUGAUCACUUAGAAUCAUGUGUUUCCUUUAGCUGGCCAGUACUUUUGUGUAAAACCCCUAUAUUUUGACUUGCACUACGGAUACAUGUUUUAUAGCAUUUGCUCAAUGUGCGCUUUGUAUAUUGUCCAUUAUUAUGACAUAAGCUACCUGAGUCCACUUGUUCUUCUUAUUUUCUGUUACAAAAAGAAUAGAUUCAAGUUCAGUGGUCUUCCUUCACCUUCUAAACAUCACUACUAGGCAUUUCCAACUUCAAAAGUGUUUCUUUUAGGAGAAUGAGGAGUGUUAUAGAUAUUUAGAUGAUUGAGGUGAAAUGUCUUAGUUUUAGCAGAAACUUAAGGAAAUGAAGAAUCUGAAACGAAGAAUCUUGGAGACAAAGGUUUCUCUAGCUUGGUUUAAUCGGUACUUUCACAGAAUUCUAUGGUUAUGAAAGAGAAGACAGUUUAUAGCAAACAUCUUUCGCUUUCAUCAGGUUUUUAGUGUUCCGGGGGACAUAAUAUGAUCUACAUUUUAGUUGAUUUUUUUUUAAAGGGGAAAAAAAUGAGGUCAGCUUAAGCCAUUCUUUUUAUUUCAUUGAAGUUAAGGGUUUUUAGAGAUGUACUUUGAAUAUUGAAAGGGUAUAAGCCAAAUUCUCCCACUAUCAACCAAUUUUUCUUUCCCGGGUGAGAGUUACCUGCAUCCGAGGUGAGAAUUUACCUUGCUUUAGUAGAUAAUUUGCCCCUCAGUGCAGAGGAGGUGUUGUUAUGUUGGGAUUUGUAGGAUUUCUCACUUUGUCAGGUAGGUCACUUAUUGAGCUUUAAGAUAGAAACGAAUAGGUAAAACAAUGCGGUAUUUUCAGUUUCCCGAAAGAGCAGCAUAGUGAGGAGAGGGCCCAAAGUGAAGUUGUUUGAGAUGGCAUACUUCUUUUUGUUUGUUUGGAAUUUCCUGACCAUUCAUUAAAAUGAAGAAAUUGGAUUUGCAAAUUUGAAGACUGGAAAAGCAAGGGAUGGGAUACCACCUAGUAAACAAUCCUUGUGUUGGGUUUGUAACCCAAUCCCAGAUUCGGUUGGGCAUCAAAAUAUAUAUAUAUAUUUUUUUCCUCUGCUACUUUCCCGUUAAUUCUGUGUAAAUCACUUUUGUUUCUGCAGGUAUUUUCCUCUCAGAUAGGAUGAUAUUUUGUUUUGUAUUAUUUUGUCUUUCCUCGUGAAUGCACUGAUAGUUUAAAUGCUCUAUUUUAAGAUCUCUAGAAUCUUUUUUUUUUUUUUAAUUUGGGGGUUCUAUAAGGUCUUCAUUUCUCUUAAGUAAAUAUUGCCACGGGUGGGAAGGGAGGCGGGAGGGAAGGGGAGAAACGUUAGUAGGCGAGUUGGGGUGGGGGGGCAACUGUUUUUGUGUGUUAACAGCAGUACAAUUUCAUGGUUAGCAUGUUUUAAAAAUCGGAUAUUAGAAUUCUUAUAAGAAUACAAGAAUAGCUGUUUUGUAUUUUGAUGAUGGAUUAUGCUGUAUUUUAACACCAUGUAUGUUUGUUUUUGUGGUGCUCUAGCGGUAAAUAAAUUAUUUCAAUUAUGUG